AUGAUUAAUUGUACAAGUAGUGUUCAUUCCUGUAACCAAGUUAUUGGUUUUCCAUGUAGGCAACAACUCCAAGCAUAUUGUGGUGGACAACGGUCUUACCAAAGGCGGACAUUUGUACGUGGAAGUCCUCCAUUUAUCCCCCUUGUCUUGGAUCACUUUGCCACAAAGGGGAUUCUUGCAGAUAUUUCUCAGUUACCCCCAGAUAUCAAGCUUGAAGGACACAGGUAUUAAAGCAGUUAGGGUUCACCACUCUAUGUGUGUGUUGAUACAGUAACACUUUUAAAACGUGCAAAGAGCAAAUCAUAUGUUAAAAUGUUCAUCAGUGCAAAGAGUGAAUCAUACCACUCUCAGUGAAAUUUAUGAGGUUGUGAUUUCUCAGAAGAAUUUUAAUUUAUAAUGACAGAAGAUGGUGUGCUAUAAACUGUGUGAAAUGUACAUAUCUUAUUCUUGUUUAUGUAGAGAAUGAUGUAUUAAACAGUUUGUCAUAUUUCUUCCAGAUAUGUCCUAAAGGGUGCUACAUUUUAUAGUGGAAAUCACUAUAGAGGUGCUGUAAAGAGGGGAGGCAACUGGUUCCACUAUGAUGGUCUAUGGGAGAGGCAACAGCCAGGAAGUGGAUUGAGACUGGGGGGCACAGCUACUCCACAUGGCUUUAUGCUGUCAAGCUGCAUUUAUCUCAAGGCUUUGUUACUGUAAGAGGGUGGGAAGUAUUAAAAUUUGCUAGGUGUUUUCUUAAGACAACAUUUGUGUUUUAGAUAAGAUAUUCAAUACUAAUUUCCUGGCAUUGGAUAAAAAGAUCCAGGCAUUUUUACAACAUUUGUAAUUCAGCUGAACAGAAUUCCUUUAUAUUUAUUUUUGUAACCCAACAUGUAACACUGAAUAGACUAAAUGCAGCUUGAAGGUAUCGGCCUGGAGAGAAAGCACUGCUUGAGGUACAUGUACCAUCUUGUAUAGACAUACCCUAUGGAAUGCUCAUUUUUGGUGAUACUAAAUAUGAAGACUAAAAAAAAAUGGAAAAAAAAAUUCGUGCACAACCUUUAGGUACUAAAAAAAAUUCGUGCACAGCCCAAAGGCGAAAAAAAAAAUUCUUACCAAGCAAAAAUUGCCCAACCCCCCCCCCUCAAAAAUAAAAUGGUCCAUCCCUAAUGUGAUCCAUAUGCACCCCUCUGAGGUCACGUGUACAUGGAACUACGCAGCCUGGUGAGAUGGUUUUUAUGGACUCAUCAGGGAGCAUUGAUCGACACAACAAUCCUGUUUUCUUUAUGCACACAUACCAUCCGUGUGGAGUAUUACCUCUUGUAGUCUGGGUAAGGUGAAGCCAAUCACAGCUAUGUCUUGAAAACCGUCUGGAAAAAUUUAAAUGCAUUCUACCAAGUGAUACUUUUGGUGGCAGAGGUGCCCAAAAAGAACCAGGCAUUUUCACGACAGACACUGGUCGAAGACAAGCUCUUAGGGUGCACUGGCAACAGGCAACACUCCUGCUGUGCAUUUUUCACUUUUUGCAAGCGACAUGAAGAUGGCUACUGGACUCUGAGCACCCUAUAUUAAAGGAUGACAAACAACACCUGAUGUCCAUAAUGCAAGACCUUGUGUUUGCUAAAACCCACCAGGAAUUUGAAGAGAUUGAGCCACUUUUUCUAUCCGACAUUUUUUUUGUUUGGUCAGCGGUGAGUUGA